CACGGGUCAGCCACAUCUAUCAUGGCCCAAGCCCGCCCCGGCACACCCUCUCCCCUCUCCACGGCCUCCACCUCGCCGGACUGGAGCUCGGCCGAGGUGGCCUCGUUGGCCACCACGGGCAAUUUGGCCACGGAUUGUUUGCUCCGGGCCAAACGCACCAUUAAACGCCAACUCAUCGAUGCCAUCAAGGAUCUACAGGUGGAUCAUCCCGUCGGGGGUCGCGCCCAACGGGUGGUUAUUGGGAACAAAGAGGACGCCUCCCGGCUCUGCCACGCCCUGGAGGCGUUGCUUCUGCACGGCCUCAAGCGCCAAUCCUUCUUCGGCAAGCUUAAUCAGGUGCUGUUGGGGCCCAAAAUGGGCAAGAAGUUGCCGGAAACACAUUUCUGGCACUUCAUCUUGAUCUUCAGCCAUCAAUCGACCUUGGCCACUUUGAAUGGGCUCAAGCUCAUCAAGACCGACAUUGGUCGAUGUCGAGCUUGGGUUCGACACGCCCUGAAUGAGGGCCUCCUCCAGGGCUACCUCCAAUCCAUGCAGAAGGACAAGGUCACGUGUGCUAAACAUUACGAGAACACGGCCUUUGUGCGGGAUCCCGAAUGUUUCGAGCUAGCCACCCGUUAUCUCUUGGGACUCGAGUGCUACAAAUUCGAGUUGGCCACCAAUUCGUCGUUGUUGAACAAUUGGCAAACCCCCUCCUUGGUCAUGGCGGGCUUGUGGAUCCCGGAUAACUUCCAAGAUGAAGCCCCGGCUCCGGCUGAAGACGUCCUGGCCCUCAUGGCGGAAGAAGCCGUAGAGGUGGAGCCACCCGCCGCGCCAAUCACGUUCGAUAUCCGAGCCAUGGGUCUCAAUGGCGAACACUCGUAUUUCCAACGGGGCCUUUUGAACGAGACUGAAGCCAUGAAGAUGAUCAUGGCAAUCAACGAUCCCACACCCCCUUCGUCUUCCCGAAACAGUUCGCCAUUGUGGGCGGGCGCCACCGCCGAAGAGCGACGCCAGAGCUUUCAUAACCUGUUCCGUAAUCCCCACAGUGCCAGCCAAUCGUUGCCCAAAUCCUAUCAGAUCCCACCCACUCCGCCCGAGGCCCACCCGCCUCCGGCGCCAUUGGCUGACAGUGGGGACUCCCAGGAUGGCUUGGCCAUGCCGGACGACCAGGAUACAAAAUCCUGCGUGUCUGACUCCAUCUACAAUACCAACAGUGCCAUGUACCGGGAUACGGACCACCAAGUGGCUGACGACUCUCCCCAAACCCUGGAUGAGAACAUUGAGUAUAUCAUUGAGGACAUGCGGCGAGCUGACCUCUCCCGCAGCAAUACGAGUACGGAGACCUGCCCAACUCCGGUCCGGCGACGAAAUAACGGGCAGAUCAUCGCGUCGUCGUUGCCGAUGAGUGAAAAUGAGACCACCAUCCUAUUGAAGACCGUGGUGAAGCAUGUUCAACGGGUCAAUGUGACAAGUCCCCGACUGUCCGGGUUCAUUGAAAGCUUCAAUGCUUUUGGCAGUGAGCGAUACUUUGAUACGGGCAUCAUUCCCGCCACCGACAAUUAUGAGACCAUGGGCUUUCAGCUCAAGAAGGGCGUGUCGGUGGGUGGGUUGACGGUGUCUUCCUCCCAGUACCUGAUGAGUCUUUUCGACCAAUUGACAAGGAUCCGAGGACUAGGACAUGCCAAAUUCCAGUGUUUUAAGUGCCAGAAGGCGGUCGGGCCUCUCUUUGGACCCGCGGAAGUUUGCCAUUACACCAGCCAAUAUUAUUGCGACGACUGCCACUUCGGAGAGACCAGCCUGAUCCCGGCCAAGGUGGUGUACAAUUGGGAUUUCACCAAGUUCAAGGUGUGCCGAGAGGCCAAGAUCUUCCUCAAGGCCAUGUUCAUAGAGCCCAUCAUCGACGUCAAGACGUUCAACGCGUCACUGCUCGAGUUCGCGCCCGAGUUGGAUGAAGUAUACAUCCUCCGGAAACGUCUUCAUUACGUCCACGCUUAUUUGGCCACAUGUCGCGAAGUCAAGGUCAAGGACAAGUUCGUGAACAUCCUCAGUCCCCGGCAGUACCUGUUUGACGACGUGGACAAGUACUCUCUCCAGGAUCUGGAACAGGUCAAAAGCGGUCAGAUGGCCAAGCUUCUGAAACAAGCCCUGCAAUUGGGCGAAUCACAUGUUCUGAAAUGUGUGCUUUGUUCCCAGAAAGGGUUCAUCUGUGAAGUCUGCAAGACCCCCAAGCCCAUCUACCCGUUCCAUCUGGAGGAGAUCAGUCAGUGUCAGCAGUGCUUCACGGUGUUCCACUCGGACUGCAGUGAGAAAUUGGACAACUGUCCAAAGUGUGAGCGGAUGUCGGCCCGGAACCUCAACUGGCAUGUGACCAAUUGUCGUCUCAAUAGAGCGGUGUUUGAGCCCGAGUAUCUUGACGGCGAGGAUGGACUCGGAGCGCCCAAAAACGCCCAUUGAUCAAUCAAAACGCCCAUCGGAACCAGUGCCCGAACGGACGAUAACAUACCUGCAAAUAUUUCUUUACUCUGACAUUGUCAUUUUCUUAUACAUAGGAUGAGAUUGCGCUUGAAAGAAGCUGUGAUACAAUACACACGUGAAAUGAA